AUGCAAUAAAAGUUAAUCCUACUGCCUAUCUAGCAUUAAAUUAUAAGGGUAAUAAAUAAUUAAAUCUAGCUUUGGCAUUAANACUUUCAUAAUGGCCAGAUAAUUUAAGGAUAUUGUCUUAAUUCUGAAUGUACAAGCCAACCUUAAUAUUGUUAACAAUGUUUAUCACAUUUACACAAUCAACACUUAUAAGAUUGCAAAGAUAGAAAUUAUUUAGCAUAAUUGAUAUAGUCUUCUAUAGAUUCACAAAAUGAUUUCUAAAGAGAUACAAAAAGCAAAAUCUAAAAUUUAGAAUACAUAACCUAAAAAAAAUUAGAUUAUUCGUUUUAAGAGAUGGAAAAAUUAAAACAAAUGCAAAAUUAUUUUCAAUAAGAAUCUUAUUAGAAUUUUAAAAAGGAUAUUCAUAUUUUAAAGAAAUAUUAUCAAGGAGUUGAAUAAAAGAAAAACAGUAUUUAUCAUCAUAAAUUAGGUGAUUUCUUAAGCUAAAUAGAUUCAUUUUCAUAAACUCUUUAAAUAGCCUAAAAUGAUAUACUAUAAGAAUAAAUAGAAAAAAAUCAAAUAAUGGCCAAAUAAUAAUAUGAGAAAGGUAUGAAACAUAUAAUAAUAUAUAGGAUUGACAUUAUCUUCUGGUUAACAUUAUCAAAAGGCUUUAGAAUGUUUUAAUUAAGCAAUUUUAUUAGAUUCUAGAAAAGAGGAAUAUUAUAUUGCUAAAAGUAAAAUAAAUAAUAAAUCAGGCAAUUAAUUACUAAAUCUUAAUGAUUAUAGAAAUGCAAUUCAAUCUUGUGAUAUUGCUAUUAGAAUGAAACCGCAAUCAUAUUUAGCUUAUUGUAAUAAAGGUAGAUCUAAAAUUAAUACAUAAAAUAGGAUUUGCUUUAAAUAGAAUUAAUCUCUAUGAAGAAGCGCGAAAUUGUUGUGAAAAAGCAAUAUAAAUAAAUCCAAAUUCUGCUUAAGCAUUUAUUAUAAAGGGUUCACAUUUUUAUUUAUAAAGGUGAAAUUUUAAUUC